CUAAUUUUCUCAAUCCCAUUUUUGUCUGCUUUGCCCCCAGAUGGGCGCCCCUGAAUCUGCAGGGAUGAUCCUGGGCCAUAUUGAGUCAAUCCCACCAUUUCUUGGCCCAAACAGACCCCUCUUUUCGAAACAAUCUCUGGGGGGUACUUUUUGUGCGCCUAGUCCUGGCGAAGAAUUUUCCUUGAAUUGUGACACUGCACCCCUAUACGAUCUCGCGAUAACUAACUUAACGUUAGUGACAACGUAAGUAAAGUGGAAUUGAAAAAGAUGGCCAGCUACUUAACCCAGUGUCACCGGAAUGUUGGCAGAAGAUUGGGCAACUUGCUGAAGAUUGGAUUGGGCAAUCAACGUGUUGCCGUGACAGUGCUAGUUCCUUGCCACUUCAAACCACCAAAAGCACUGGGGACAAGAUGGUUCUCAUGUUCUAGAUCUGUUGCUUCAUCAGCAGACUAUCUUCAGACGCUGAGUCCUGUCCCCACAAUGCUCUUCCAACCGGCUAUCCCUCAGCUGCCCAUACCCUCUGUGCGAGACACCUGCCAGCGUUACCUUGCUACUCAGCAUGUGUUUCUCAGUCCAAAAGAAUAUGCCGAGACACAGUCCCUAGUGGGAGAAUUCCAGAAGGGGGCAGGUGUUGACCUCAACAAUGAAUUGGUUGAACUGAACAAGACAAACACCCAUACAAGCUACAUUGCAGAUUUCUGGAUGGAUGUGUACCUCAGGUAUAGAGACUCGGUUGUUCUUAACUCAAGCCCGGCAUCCUUCAUCACCAAUGACCCCAGACCAGAGUAUAUGGACCAGACAACUCGAUCAACCAAUGUGACCGUCUCCAUACUGAGAUUCUUGAAGACACUGAGGGAUGACAAGCUUCUCCCAGAUGCUGUUCAUAGGAACCCUGCCAUCACUGACACGCAAGACUUCUGGAGUUCAUUCAGGACUCUCUCAUCCAAGGAGGCCUACCGACAUGCUCUAGAUAACAACGUGCAGCCCCUGGACAUGAGCCAGUUUUCUAGAAUCUUCAAUGCAUCUCGGAUACCUCGGCCCCACAGGGAUGAGUUGUUCAGAGAUGAAUCUCAGCAGCAUGUGCUGGUGAUAUCCAAUGGCCACAUGUACGUGUUUGAUGUCUUGGAUAUCAGCGGGAGUCUGGUUUCAGCACAGGAUAUCAGAGCCAAUCUUCAGUACAUUGUCAGCCAUUCCACCUCCUUACCACCACCAAAGUACCCCAUCGGCUACCUAACCACAGAACACCGUGAUACCUGGACACAGCUCCGUGAAAAGCUGCUGGCAGUGUGUCCAGGAAAUAAGGAGAGUCUGAGACUCAUUGACUCUGCCUUGUUCUGCCUGUGUCUUGAUGAUGACACGGAUGAUGAUAAGGAGCAGCUAGUCCGGAGAGGAUUGCAUGGAAAUGCUGCAAACAGGUGGUUUGACAAACCUUUCCAGCUAAUUGUAACUUCAAGUGGGCAGUUGCUGGUCAACAUGGAACACUCUUGGGGGGAUGGUGUAACCCUGAGGAGGAUGUUCUCGGAGGUGUUCCAAGACUCCCUGGACCGACCCGUCAUCUCACCGGGGGAUGCUACCGGUAGGGUAGACAGCUCAGAAAGAGUGACCAGGCUAGAGUUCAAACUUGACUCUGUGAUCUCCCGAGGCAUUGAGGUGGCCAAAGCUAACCACACGCUUGCUACCAGCCAGCUAAAUCUACAGUGCAUUCAGUACACAAAAUAUGGCAGCUCCUUCAUCAAGAAGUUUGGAGUGAGCCCUGAUGCUGUGGCGCAGCUGGCGUUGCAAAUGGCAUACCAUCGAGUUACUGGCCAGGUUGCAGCAACAUACGAGUCCUGCAGCACAGCCAUGUUCAAGCAAGGCCGCACAGAGACGAUCCGAUCAGCCACAGCUGAGACUAAAAGAUGCACUGACGCUUUCUACAAGAACUCUGGAGUCAGCUUAGCGGAGCAGAGAGCUCUGGUAAAGGCCUGCUCAGAUAAACACCGACUACUGUCUAAGGAGGCCACAGUGGGUCAAGGAUGGGACCGUCACCUCUUUGCCUUACGUGCCCUUGCCUCUUCAACCGGCAGACCCAUGCCAACAGUGUUCCAGGAUCCUGCAUAUGUUAACAUCAACACCAUCACCCUGUCCACAAGCACCACAGGGGUGUCACCCAGUUCAGCAGGGGCAGCCUUUGCUCCCGUAUCCCCCAGUGGGCUUGGGGUGCUCUACACUGUGUUUGAUGAUUGUAUGACCUUGACAGCAACCAGUUAUUCCACCUCGCCCAGUCUGUCCGACUUUUCCGAAAGUGUUUGCAGUGCAUACGAUGACCUCUAUGAUGUGAUGAGUUAACAUUUAGUCUAAACACUUCGCGCCCAAAUUCUCCAAAACUCCAUAAUUUUGAUGACAGGCUGUUGCUGUGGUACUGGUUAUGUUUGCUCUUAAGUUGUCUUGUAUCCUUGAAAAACCAAAAGACACUACAAAAAAAGAGUGGGCUAUUCAAAUAAUGAGAAAUCAUGUAUUUUGAUUGACCAGUUGACAGUGUCAAAUAGAUCAGUGCUAUAAGCAGGCAUUAAUUUUUCUGGUGCGUCGAGCAGCAUCAAAGAUUCACAUAGUUAGGCCUGUGGUAUGAACCGGCUGUUCUAUCACAUAACUUUAAUACUUUAUUGCAAAUUAUUUGUUCACUUCUAGAAAAGCUGUGCAAUGUGUCAAGAAUGUCAUUGCAUUGCAUUGGUUUUGUUAUUUUAAACAAGAAAAGAAGGAAAAUGAAAAUUUCAAUUUAUUUUACUGAAUUAAUAUCUUUUCUGAAAUGUGAAAGAAACAGCAGGUGGGAACUUUACUAUCACCAAGUUUGCAAUACUUCUGGUAUAUUAUCCACUCCAUGCAGGACAAAGAGAUGGCUUCUUCUGGGUUUACUUACGGACCACUUUCAUAUUGCCUACAACUUGUAUGGGAGGUCAAAGUUUGUAGAAAUAUCACCUUUUUGGUUGGUUUUCGAUUUUCCCUCAAAUUCGUUCAGAAUGGAUAUUUGUCACAUUGAUUUUAAUUAGGGUUGUAUUUUCUUUUAGUGUUUAGUAGUACGUGUAUUAUUACAUGUAUCUGGUGUUCUGAUAGCUGUGUGGAAU